CUCUCGUUCUACCAAAUCCUACAACUUCCGUUGAUUGAUGCCAUGCCACGGAUGAACAAAACUGGCUUGAUGCUGAUUUUGGUAGUUUGAGCACCGAUUUCUGUGGCAGGACGAGGAUUCGGAAGAUCUGCUCCCGCACACCACAUGUUCGAUGAAAUGCCCACAACGCGCUGCAGCGACGUCUUCUUCUCCUCUCUUCGCGGUCGCUCGCCGGUCCAUGCUGCCAUCCACCAAUGUUACAAGUCAACAUCUAAAAGGUUGUCCAAGAAGGUAUGAAGGUCAACGUGACAUCCUGUCCAACCAAACCUAUAAUCUUGACCAACUUGCUUUCGCAUCAGACAGAAUUAAAGAUGCUCAACACACUAUGACUGCAAUGAAAGCUGCCAAUACAGAGCUGAAAGGGAUGAUGAAGACUGUCAGGAUUGAAGAUAUAGAUAGCAUGCAAGACGAGACGAUGGAUGUUAUGGAUGUGAGCAGUGAAAUACAAGAAACUCUUGGUAGAAACUACAAUGUCCCAGAUGACAUUGAUGAGGAGGGACUUAUUUGUAGUUGGCUAUUCUUAGAUGACUCAAACACCAGGAGGAUGAACUAGGACUGCCUGCAGUGCUUUGUUUGUGCAUGGACAAAUUCGUUGUAUUGAAUUUUAAGGUGAACUGGUACCUACUUUUCUGGUAAAAAGAGUAUGGGAUAUAUUCAUACCAAACUCUUCAUGUCUAUGAUUCAGUAGCUUAGCUCUCACUGUUGUCUGUCAUCUGGGACUUUGCAUAUCAUAUCAUCUCAUCCUUUGUUAAGCAUUUGUUAGACAUGAAUAAAAAGUAAGGUUGUAUCUCUGUUCCAUUUCAAU